CGUUUUUCUCUGAAACUCCGCGAGCGAAAAGCAAGCGUAAAAACGCGACUCGAAAUACCAAAUCCUCUCCUCUUCCAAAUCCCCCAUUCCCCAAACCCUUGAUUUCGCCCCACCUCCGAAAAAGCCCUAACUUUUCCUGUUCGACCUCUCAUGCGGGAUCGAUGGGGGCGGUGCUCUCGUGCUUCUCAGACGCGCCGGAGGAGACGAAGCAGCGGCGCGCUCCGCGUCCGCCCCCGCCGGGGCGCCGCGCCCACCGCGUGAACGAGGCCGCGGCGGCGGCGGCGGCGGCGGCGGUGGUGGGGCUGGGGUCGAGCGAGCGGUGGGGGCGGCGCGCGGGGAGGAAGGAGCGCGCGGCGGAGGAGGCGCUGAUCCACGAGCAGGCCCUCGCGGCGGCGGCGGCGCUGGUGCUGCAGCAGAGCGGCGCGGGGAUCGGAUCGGCGCCCUUCGAUCGCUCGGCGUCGCUGCGGUACCCCGGCCAGGGACACAAGAAGCAGCCGCUACCCCGGAGCUCGAGCUCGCGGCCGCGGUCGCUCGCCGAUCCCGUGCUCCAGCCCCAGCAACUCGUCCAACAGGGUAUAAAGGCUGAGGACUUAGAGACCAACCACUUUGUUCUUGUCCACGGCGGUGGUUUUGGUGCUUGGUGUUGGUAUAAAACGAUAGCUCUUCUGGAAGAUGGUGGAUUUAAAGUCAACGCUAUUGAUCUCACUGGAUCCGGAAUUCAUUCUUAUGAUACAAAUAAAAUUACUAGUCUAACCGAUUAUGUCAAGCCGCUCACAACUUUUCUUGAAACCCUAGGUGAUACAGAGAAGGCGAUAUUGGUGGGGCAUGAUAUUGGUGGUGCUUGUAUAUCCUAUGCAAUGGAGAUGUUCCCCUCUAAGGUUGCGAAAGCUGUUUUCCUCUGUGCAGCAAUGCUGACAAAUGGCCAAAGUACUCUUGAUAUGUUCCAACAGCAAGCGGAUACAAAUGAUCUUCUCCGACAAGCCCAAGUAUUUGUGUAUUCAAAUGGCAAGGAGCAGCCUCCUACAGCUAUCAAUCUCGACAAGGCUUUUGUAAAAGAUCUGCUUUUUAACCAAAGUCCUGCUAAGGAUGUAUCCUUGUCUUUGGUUUCUAUGCGACCCAUCCCUUUCGCCCCCGUGCUGGAGAAGCUCUCUCUCACCGACGAGAAGUUCGGCUCAGUGAGGAGGUUCUAUAUAGAGACCACAGAGGACAAUGCAAUACCGCUCUCGCUGCAACAGAGCAUGUGUAGCUCUAACCCGGCCGAAAAAGUGUUUAGGCUGAAGGGCUCCGACCAUUCUCCGUUCUUCUCGAAGCCGCAAGCUUUACACAAGCUAUUGGUGGAGAUCGCGAACAUCCCCUCGGCUCAGGUCUCCUAAGUCGCUUAUAUAUGUACAAAGAUGCAUAUAUAUCCGGCGGCAAAUUUACGUUACUUAGAAAUUUGUGGGAUUACAAGCAGCAAUAUCUUUUUUGUAUAGUUUGCCAAAUCUAUUUCUUUACCACCAUCGUUACAUUCUUAUGACGUACGAGCUGACAUCUAGGGAAAAUAAAUUUUUUUUUACCCCUUUUUUUAAUGCCUAUUUGAGCAUUUCUCAUGUUUCAUUGAAACAUUUUGUAGUAUUUAUUUUGUUUUUAA